GACAUGUGAAUAGAUAUUUCUAUAUCUCACAUCAGAGAUCUCGAUCUCUCGUCUUGGUUUUUGUGUUUUACUAACAUCAGGCCUCGUCUUUCUCUCUGGCCAUACGACGAACAUAGGUAGCAUUCAAAACCUCGGCAACAGAAGCACCGACAGAAGCUUGAAUUUCAGAGUGGAUUUCCUUCGGCAUGGCCUACGUCAUUUGGUAGCACCUACAGCGCCUAUCGCGAUACGAAGCUGCACCUUGUGGUUCACUAUGAGCUCUAGCAUAACAAGUCACGCCAGCUUCCAGGAGCAUGAAAACUUGGGACCUUGACCCUAAGUGAUAAAAAGACUUUGGUAAGUUAUCAUAAACUUAGGAGGUUUUUUGAAAAGUUUAUUUUGUCACUUAGGAUCAAAGUCUCGAGUUUUCUUGCCUCCCCUGGGCCAGCUCUUGCACAUGAUCCGACUUCCCCACAGACAAGAGUCAUAAAGACGGCUAUCACUGUGAUAUCUUGAGCUCUGGAGGGAUAGCUCUAAGCAACACUACUGGAUUCUACUGGCCUCUAACCGCUGAAAUGGAGGUUUUAGCGGGGAAUGUCCAGCACCCGUGGACCCUUGAAACCACCUCAAACACCAACAUUAGCACCGUGGACCCCUGCUGACCCGUCUAGUUCCUCCAAACUUCCAUACCUUUCCUGCUGUAACUACGAUGGAGGCCCAAGAAUGCCUCCCUUGAGGCUAUUGUGGCGUCCUUGAUUGGCGAUGAUCUCUAAACCAACAUGGACGUUUUUGCCCGGAUUGCCGAAUAGCUCCCUUGUAUUAUCCACUCACCACCACACUAACCACACCCAAUGUGCAACACGCGGGAGGCUUCAGCUUGGAAUUCUCUUGGCAAGCAUAGGAUUGACGACCGAUUACCCAAUUGCUAAGUGGUCCUUGAACAAUAGAAUACACCAUAACAUCAUUAUUUCUCAGGCCUCUCCCCUCUUUCAAAAGCCUCAUUCUUCAGUGUUUUGUUCCACCGCGGUUCUUCACCGUCUCAUACUUGCUCAUGUGGGCCAGUGCUCGCUACUACUGACCCCUCGUCUGGCUGACUGACUGAAUGCCCGACUUGCUCUCUGGACUGCACCAUGACAACACCUCAACAGUCAGAUAUCAAGGGAGUAGACAAUGGGGGAGAACGACAACGAAAUAGCAUAACCGGGUCUCAUGGCGGACGAGGAUCGGUAUCAGUCACCAUGGAGCCACGGCACAACAAGUUGGGCAGCAUCUCGGGUGUCUACAUCCCUGUUUUUCUCAAUAUCAUGAGUAUUCUCAUGUUUUUGCGAUUCGGUCAAAUUAUUGGGAAAAUCGGCUUCGUGGGCAUCCUCGGACUUCUAGUUACAGCUUACUCCAUUGACUUAUUGACAACGCUUUCUCUAUCAGCUAUCGCAUCCAAUGGCGAAGUCAAGGGCGGUGGUGCAUACUAUCUUAUCUCACGGUCUCUGGGACCCGAGUUUGGUGGUUCCAUCGGAAUCCUCUUCUAUCUUGCUCAAGUUCUCAAUGCAAGCAUGAACGUUGUUGGUCUUAUUGACUGUGUUAGACUAAAUCUCGGUGCGGCUUUCCCCUCAGGUUACUGGACUGGCUAUGGCCUCCAAACAGCUGCCCUGUUGCUUUGUACUGGUCUUUGUUUCCUAGGAUCUGCAACUUUUUCGAGAGCCUCCAAUGCUCUGCUUGCCAUCCUGAGCUUGGCCAUUGUCAGCAUCCCGGUCUCUGCUGUCUUCAAGGCUCCCUUCCAUGAUAGGGAUCUCGGGAUUCAUUUCACCGGACCUAGUCUUGAUACCCUGACCGACAACUUCCUUCCUCACAGCGGCCCCCAAUUCAAAGGCCUCGAAACGUUUCGUGAUCUGUUUGGCAUUCUCUUUCCUGCUACCUCAGGAAUCUUCGCAGGUGCAUCCAUGUCUGGAGACCUAAAAGACCCAAGCAGAUCGAUCCCUCACGGAACGCUCUGGGCAAUGUUGACAACCUUUAUCAUCUACUUUGUCGUAAUUCUUUCACUGGCUGCGAGCACAACUCACUCAUCUUUCCUGGCCAACGACAAUGUCAUCCCUCUCGUCAACCUCUCCCAACCUGUCAUCCUCGCUGGUGAAUGUGCAGUCACCUUCUUCUCUGCUCUUAUGGGCCUGAUCGGUGCCUCCAAGCUGUUCCAAGCUUUUGCAAGGGAUAAGCUUCUUCCAGGCCUCGGCUUCUUCAGCAAGGGCACGAAACAUGGUGACGAACCAAUUUACGCUUUGCUUCUGACUUAUGUCAUUGCACAACUGGCGCUGUUCGCUGAUCUCAACCAGAUCGCUACCUUUAUCUCUAUGGGAUAUCAGAUGACUUUCUUCGUCAUGAAUUUAGCUUGCUUCCUUCUCAAAGUCGGGUCAGCCCCUAACUUCAGGCCAAGCUUCAAGUUCUUCACCUGGCAAACUGCUUUCCUUGCCGGCAUCUUGUCAGGCUUUGCUAUGUUCUUCAUCGAUGAGACUUAUGCUGCUAUUGCUAUCACAGUGCUUGUGUUGCUAUUCCUCCUCAUUCAUUACCUCAGCCCUCCUAAGCACUGGGGCGAUGUCAGCCAAAACUUGAUCUAUCAUCAAGUAAGGAAGUAUUUGCUACGCCUGAGACCAGAACACAUCAAAUUCUGGAGACCGCAUAUCAUAUUACUUAUCAACAACCCUCGCAGACAGACCAGGUUGAUCCAAUUUUGUAACUCACUCAAAAAGGGGUCGCUUUACAUUCUUGGCCAUGUCAUCGUGACCGACGACUUCAACUCAGGGGUUCAUGAAGCUCGGCUUCAACAACAUGCUUGGACAAAAUACAUCAAUGAGUUCUCCAAGAUCAAGGCUUUUGUGCAGCUAACAAUGUCCCCCACUAUCACUUGGGGCAUCCGCAAUCUGAUACUAUCAGCCGGCCUUGGUGGCAUGCGUCCCAACAUUGCUGUACUUGGAUUUUACAACAUGGAGGAACUGCGAAAAUCAAACCCGAAGCUACGCGUACCUGAUGUUCCCGUAUCUUUGUCCAGUCAAAUGCGACGGCCCCCUAGGUCAAAUGGCAAAGCUCCCGAAAGGCCUCGGAGGCGACGGGGUGACACGUCAGCAAGGCUCAUGGACGGCAUCCUACCAACAGACGUUAUUCGUACCGAGAAUAUGAUGUCUCCAAAAGAGUAUCUGACUAUACUAGAGGACCUUGCGUUGCGAUAUCGACUUAACAUUGCGGUGGGGUGUGGCUUUGAAUCACUUGAGACACCAAGAAAGGACGGAACCAACACCAAAAAGUACAUCGACCUGUGGCCUAUCCAGAUGUCGGCCGAGGUUACUUCUGACGGAAAGAGUUUACUGACCACCAACUUUGAUACAUACACCCUCAUUUUGCAGCUCGGGCAUAUUCUUCACAGUGUGCAACUCUGGAAGCAUGUUUAUACCCUUCGGGUCAUGUUGUUUGUGGAAUACGAGAGUGAGGUCAACGAAGAGCAUGCUCGAGUUCUGGCACUUCUUGAGAAAUUGAGAAUUGACGCAGAGGUCAAAGUAUUUUGCUUGGCAUCAGGCAGUCUAAAUACUUACGAUCUCAUCGUCAAUGGAAUAGGUAACGACAUCGAUUGGGAAAUUGUCGUCAACGAUACACUCCGCAACGAAGAGUGGUGGGAUGAUGUUCAGAUGUUCCGAGGCCGAUCAGACAACAUGACUUCUACUCAGGAGCUGGAUCAGCUGGAGCACAUAUAUGAUACGAUAUCUGGGAGGCCCGGUUUGUAUAACCCUCAUGAGGAGAUAUACGACCGUCGACGUGCUAGCACGACGGAUGUUCCCGAAUUACCAAGACGGCCGGCUAUUCGGAUGCUUUCAAAGAUGGGGGUUAGUAUGGGAAUUCACACACACCAUCUCCCAGACGGUGCAUUAGAUGAAACGGAUAACGAGGAUGACGAGGCAGAAGACUCGCAAGCAGAACUUCUUGAUGACGAGGAAAUGGGGUACAGUUCUACACUAGACCAUGAGUCGAUUGAGGAAAGAAACAUCGGCCCGAGUGAUGCAGCUCGUCAGCCAUUGUUGGGGGGUGGAGAUUCUCAUGAUGAGGAUGGUAGAGUACGUGGUGACUUUUGGGAAAGCUUUGGCCGAAGGUCCAAGUCUGACACAGUUGGGGACGCGGUCGGGACAAGUACAUCGUACGGUACAAUGUCAUCGUCUGCGACAGUCAAGGGAGUUGGCGUUAGUGUUGGUGGAGUCCAAACAUCACAGUCGGCAUCAGCAUCAGCCUCUCAAGUUGCACCAGAAUCGUCAGCAACACAGACGAACGAACGACCACAUGGAGGCAGCACAGACUCUGCCCCGGCAGAGUUUCCCCCUCUUGUCUCGCGAGACUCGUUAGGACCUUCGGCAGCCUUCAGUCGUGUGCGCCCCCCAAGCCCUACGCGAGAAGACACUGUACGACCGUAUCGCAGCGGCGCGUCAACACCAGGAAGACCCAAUCUUUCCAGGCAGUCCUCGGCCGUGAAGUUCUCCAGCCGCCCGGUCCCGGAAACAAAGAUCGUGGCCUCGGAAGCAGAGGGGUCCACGAUAAGCUUUGCGCCGCCCUCUAGCACCGAAUCUGAGACUCCCAAGGCCGGACCGUAUCGACCGAGUUAUUCGCGGCAAUCGUCGCUAGGAAAAUUCCCGAAUAGAUCCCGGCCUAGCGGUCAAGUGUUAGCCGGCGAGGAGAGCAGAAAAGUCAGUUUCGCGGAACAGUCUGACUGCGAGCCAUACUCAACGCAUCAUUCUCGAUUCCAUUCACGGCGGAAUUCUCGAGGAUCUACACAAGGAGGGGGCGAAUCUUAUGACCAAAUUCCAGAAAUGCUUGAAAGAUACAGAUUAAGUUCACAUCUAGAGGAGGAAGGUCAAAAUUCGGGUUACACACCGCAGGGAUUGGAGCUCUCUUUCAACGAGCUUCCAAGCAGAGCGCAGCAUCUCAUUGUGAACGAAUUGAUGCGUCAGCAUUCCAAGGAGACUGCUGUUCUUCUCAGCACGCUGCCAAUUCCUUCAGAGGGCACUUGCUUGGAUGAAGCUUCUACUAUACAGUAUCUCUCUGAUGUCGAGGUUCUCUGCAAUGAGCUGCCACCAACGCUGUUGGUUCUUAGCAACAAUAUGACAGUAACUGUCAACCUAUAGUCGAUCGCUUAAUCAAACAAUGAAUCAAUUCCAAAGCCGCAAUAUCUCCAUGAUUGACAGCUAGCAUGGAUGACCCAUGUAGAGGGCCUAAUUGAGGCUACUGAGGGAAAUACUACCACACUUGACGACAAAGUCUCUAAAAGAUGGCGUAAGCCGAGUCAUGACCAACAAAGGAUGGCAAAGAUUACUAGCCAGGAACAGCCUUGCAAAGACCAUGUCAGGCACAGGAACCGAGGAACGGGACAAGACAGUCGGAACUAACAGCUGAACCAUUCUGUCGAUAUAGUUUUCAUGAAUUCUUGCACGAGGUUUUGAAUAUCAGGGGCAAGGUUGACUGGAAUGGUCUCUGAGGUUGGAUAUGUCGGGUAGUGGAUAGGCGUUUUUUUGGUGGCUUGCGACCAUGAAUCAUGGGCCAUGUGGCUGUAUGUCACCUCUCAGUCUCAGUCUCUGUCAGUCGUCACUGAGAAAGAAUCAUGAGAGGGAAAUUUAUUUUCAGCUUUCAUUGUGUGCUUAUGUCUUUAUGCUCGGGCUCUCUUGCGGCCUAUCUCUGUAGAACGGUUGGUGCUCUUGGAUUGGAGCACUUUUGGUGUUGCCCAAACUGCAUUCUUGGGAGACAAACUCUC